AUGGAGAUCCAGUACCGCGACAGCCUCCCCGAUGAUGUCCGCUCCGGCUUCGACAAAGCUGUAGAAGUCCUACCGCAAGAGCAUCUCCGCGCUCCUGUUACCGGUGACGAAGUGAACAGCCCCGAGGAAGCCCUUCACUGGUUCCAAAACUAUGCAUUCACCCAUACCGCCAUCUUGGUAACGAUCCCCUGGAUUUUUUGUGACCUCGGGAGCUGGCUGCUUUGCAUAAGACAUGGUCCAGCUGCGUACCACCGCAGGUCCGUCGAGUAA